CUCACAGGAAUGGGCAUAGGAUUCCUGUGACUACCCAACACGUAUGAACGUUUGACAGACGACGACUCUCGACGAGUUGACUCGUAGAGUGCGAUCUUUGUCUCUCUAAUAGAACGAGCUUGAUCUUGUUGGUGUUUCUCUAAUAAUGGCCGCUUCUUCUGGUGGUCAUUGCAAGUAUGAUGUCUUCCUCAGUUUUCGAGGGGAGGACACUCGCAAAAACUUCGUUUGCCAUCUUUACAGAGCUCUGGAACAGAAAACAAUCCGCACCUUCAUCGAUUCUGAAGAGCUCCAAAAAGGCAACAAAAUUUCCGAGUUACUGAACGCUGUUGACGAAUCGAGGAUUUCGGUUGUAGUUUUAUCUCAAAACUAUGCCACUUCCACUUGGUACUUAAAAGAGCUCGUCAAAAUCAUGGAAUGCAAGGAUAAGAAGCAGCAGAUUGUGGUGCCCAUUUUCUAUGAAGUAGAUCCCUCCGAUAUUCGAAAAUUGGAGAAAAUGUUUGGGGAAGCUUUUGCCGAACAUGAACAAAAUCGUAACCUCGACAAGGAAGUCUUGGAGACCUGGAAAACUGCACUAAAAGGAAUCACGGAUCUGUCUGGCUGGGAUUCGCGACACUAUAAGGAUGACAUCGAGCUUAUUGAGAAAAUUGUAGGAGACAUUUUAGAAAAAUGGAUUCACAUCCCCCGACCCUCCAGUCUAGCAAACAAUUUGGACAGAAUGGAUCAUCACAUUAAGGAAAUGAGUUUGCGGUUGUGUCGUGGGAAGAAUGAAGUUGGUGUUGUUGGAAUAUGGGGUAUGGGUGGUAUAGGCAAAACAACCAUAGCUAGAGCUGUUUAUGACAAAAUAGUUCAUCUAUUUGAACACAAGUGCUUUUUUUAUAAUGUGAAAGAAGGUUUUGCGAAGAAGGGUGAAGCACAAAUGCGGGGAGAACUUCUAUCUAUAAUCUUGAAGGGAAAUAUACAGAGUUUAGACAUUUUCAAUGAAGGUUCCAAUGUGAUACUGGAAAGGCUAGGUAAGAAAAAAGUUUUAGUUGUUCUUGAUGAUGUGGAAACGUUUUCCCAAAUUGAAGCCUUACUUGGAGAUUUUUAUUCAUUUGGUGUUGGUAGUAGAAUCCUUGUAACAACUAGAGAUAAGGAAUCACUAGCUGGAGUUUAUGAGACAUAUGAGCCCAGGUGUUUAAAUCAUAAUGAAUCUCUUGAACUCUUUAUGAAGCAUUCCUUCAGAACAAACCAACCCAGUAAAGAGUAUAGUGAUCUCUCAAAGCAAGCCAUAGAAUAUGCUCAAGGUCUGCCUUUAGCACUCAAAGUCUUGGGAGCUUCUCUUUAUGACAAAAGUUUACACCAGUGGAAAGAGCUGCUAGAGAAAAUCAAGAAAAUCGCAAAAAUGGAAAUUCAGGAUGUACUUAGAACAAGCAUUGAUGGACUAGACGAUUUAGAGAAGGACAUAUUUCUAGAUAUUGCAUGUUUCUUUAGAAAAUGGAACAAAGAUUUUGUCACCGCAUUUCUAGACAGUUGUGGCUUCUUUCCCCACAAUGGAUUAAGAGUUCUAGUUGACAGAGCUCUCAUAACUUUGUCAAAGCACAGAGUCCACCUGCAUGAUUUACUACAAGAAAUGGGUAGAGAAAUCGUCCGCCUAGAAUCUACUAAAGAACCUGGGAAGCGCAGUAGGUUGUGGAGUUAUGAAGAUAUUAAUCAUGUAUUGACUCAAAAUACGGCGACGGAUGCAGUUGAAUGCUUAAUCCUAGACUUGUCGAACUCAAAAGUCGACCUAUGCUUACAUACUGGAGCUUUUGUUAGAAUGACGAAGCUAAGACUACUCAUGAUUUAUUAUUCAUUCUCCAAUAUAUAUGGUUACCUCGACUAUUUCGACGAUGACGGUGAAUACUAUUUUAAAUAUGUUAAAAGCUGUCAGCAUUUAUGUCCUGUUGAUGGCUGUAAACAACUCUGGAGGGGGGACUUGGAGUAUCUUUCUCAAGAAUUGAGGUUUCUCUUAUGGCAUGGAUGUCCGCUAAAGUCUUUGCCAUCAACCUUUAUCCCGAAGAAUCUUGUUCAACUUGACAUGCGUGGUAGUCACAUUCAACAACUUUGGGAAGGAAUCAGGCCCCUGCGAAAUCUGAAAGUCAUCAAGUUAAGUCAUUGUCAAUACCUUGUCAAAAUCCCUGACUUAACUGAAGCGAUAAAUCUUGAGAAACUAUUUCUUGAUGGCUGUUCAAGUUUAUUUGAGGUUCAUCCAUCCAUUUCAGCUCGUCAAAACCUUCGUGUCUUGGAUCUAAAGGAGUGCAAGCAACUUAAGAUUCUGCCAAGCUGCAUUCAUAUGAAAUCUCUAGGGAUCCUUCGUCUUUCUGGCUGUUCAAAUCUUGAAAAAUUUCCAGGGAUUUCUGAGGUUAUGACGAAGCUAAAAUGGCUUUAUUUAGAUGGGACUGCAAUUAAAGAACUAUCGUCAUCUAUUAACAAUCUCACUGGGCUUCGUGUUUUAAAUCUCAAGGAUUGCACAGAACUUAAGACUCCACCAACCAGCAUUCAUAUGAGUUCUCUUCGGACCCUUGAGCUCGAUGGCUGCUCAAAUCUUGAAAUGUUUCCGGAGAUUUCAGGAAUCAUGAAGGAGCUACCAGAGCUUCGUUUAGAUGGGACUGCAAUUAAGGGAUUGCCCUCAUCAAUUGAUCUGCUUCGGGGGAUUAAAGAGUUGAGUAUGAAGAACUGCAAAAGCCUCGUCUUUCUUCCCGACUGUAUCAAUAAUUUGGCAGACAUUACACAUCUAGAUCUGCAGGGUUGCACAGAACUUAAGACUCUACCAACCAGCAUUCAUAUGAGUUCUCUUCGGACCCUUGACCCCGAUGGCUGCUCAAAAUCUUGA